AUGCACGAUUCUAAGUUGGAGGCCCUCUUCACCAAGAUAACGGUCGAUAAGACGUACCACAGACUACCGGAGGUGCUCCAGGCCAAGUACUUGGAGCGGUGUGGGGACUUGAACACACGCAAUUGCGUGAGCAGCGUCAUAAGCUUGUCGACGCAGGGCACACCAUUGUCUAAGGCCGCGUCGCCUCGACCGAUUCCUCAGCGGCGGUUCCCGUCAAUGUCGCAGUCAAGCCAGGGACGGGUGCCGCCAGAGCUCAUCGAGGAGCUGGCCAAUACGCUCCAAGAACCGUACGUGGAAUACAAGCGGCAGAAGGAGGCGAUCAACCAGGCGCGGCAAUUGAUUCUCAACAGGAAUCAGCAGCAGCAUCAACAGCAGCAGGCGGCCCCCGCAACCCAGUUUCGGCUUGCACGGCGAGCGGACAAGAUGUUUUCUGACAACGACGGCGACGACGACGACGACGGAAACAGGCACGAACGACCGAUCGAGUACGACAACGACGCGAGAAGGGAGCUGCGACGGCUGCGGAGUAAGUUCGCAACGGAGCUGAUGGACUAUGAGGAGGACGAGAAGCGAUAUCAGGUGGCGGCGCGGGAGGGAGAGGCGCACCUAGCGGAGCUGAUUAAGUCGUCGGUCAGGAUGAUGGAGCUGCAGAACCAGAUCGAGCAGCAAGAGUAG